AAUGUGCUGCCAGAGAGCGGGCAGGCUGAGUACAGAGAAACAGCAAGAGGAGGAGGGAGAGAAGGGGAAAGUGCCAGAGCUGACUGCAAACGUGAUCCAAGAGGCCCACGCUGCAGCCUGGCUUCAGGAUUCCAACAGCUCACAGCAUCAGAAUGGGCUGUACGACAGGCCAUCUGGCUUGCCAACCCCAGACCAACACAGGGCAGGAGAGUCAGUCCCUGGAGGCUGGCGGGGCCAAAGUCCCUGAUGUGCUGUCCUCUCUGGAGCGUCUAUCCCAAGCCACUGGUGGCAUGGAGAAGUCCUGGUACCGCUGCAUCUUUCCAUUUGGGAUCAUCUCUCUGGUGAUCGGUGUGGCAGGAACCGGGGUGACCUACACCUAUAAUGACCUGCCUCAGACUAAAGUGGUGUCAGUGGUGCUGCUUGUCAUGGGUCUUUUUCUGUUGCUGACCGCCACCGCCUGUUGGACUGUCCACAAGAAGAAAAGAAGGAAAAAGAAAGAGGGAGGCUCCUUCACCUCUGAGCAGUGUCCCCUGUGAGGCACAUGGGGAAAGCAGUGGUAGGAACUUGGAAGCAGAGACAAACCCAGUGCUGGGAGCUCAAGGGGGUGGUUGAAUGUGCCGCCACUUCACCUCCUCCCACCGCCCAAUUCCCCUCUAUUCUUUAUCACAGAGUUUGGCUCAGCUCAUACCGGAGAGAACUUGAGCUGAGAAAUCAUAGAGAGUGGAAGGACAGAUAGGCAGGACACUUGAGUAUCUGUUUAGUCUGUAAAGUUUGGACCAUUUUGGAUUGACAAGGAGGGAACACCAGUGGCUCACACACUCUUUUAUCAUCAGACGGCAGGUGUCCAGUGUCAAAACAACCUCAGAGGAGACACACACAAAUAUGCAUCGCACACUACAUGCAUAUUUACACGCACCAAUACAUGGCAGUCCUCGCUCACAUAUGCACUAGCAGUCACAGUGGGAGCUUGCGCAGACACCCAACACGCUAUGCAGAGCUGCUGCCGGAGUCAAUGCUGGCGUCACUAGGCACGUCAGUCACAGCAUUCCUCUUGCCAGGACAGGUGACUCUCCAAGAGGCCAGAAGUGGGCCAAAGACGGCAACCUGAUACCCGGGCCGAAAGAGCAGCGCACCCGCGUCAGUGGCCAGCGUCAUUCACUCGUCCUGUGACACCGCAGCAAUGUGUUUGGAGCUUUUUUUACGCAACGGGAGAGUGGAACUUGAGUCCAGCAGGAUCUUAGUGGCAUCUGUGUGGACGAUGAGCCGGAGAGGGCAGAGGACCUGCUGGGGGAGUGAGAGCUCUUUGUGUGUGCUCAAAUAACGAUUCUGGUGAACUGAAAGUCUGUGGGACCUUGGACUUCACUAAUGAGAAACUGAAACAUUUUGCACAUGUAGCCAUGUCCACGCCAAGCGAGAGGAACUUCUAGUGAAGCACCAUGCUCUGAAAGGCCUUUUGUAGCUUCAGCUUCACAUUACAAAGCAGUGGGGCACUGACUCUCUGACU